AUGUCCACCCUGCAGCUCCUGUCCACCAACUUCUGCCACGGCGGCGAGGUCCGCAAGUACAGCCACAUGUCGGACACCAUUUCCGGCACCCUGGCCGACUCGGCUGGCGAGGGCCCCUCCAAGAUGCAGUUCAACGUCUUCGUCCCGCCGGCCGCCCUGGCCGGGAAGAAGGUCCCGGUGCCUGGUCAUCUACCUGGCCGGGCUCACCUGCAACGAGGACACCGGCUUCCACAAGGCGUCCGGCCUGCUGAAGGCCCUGGCCGAGCAUGGGAUCGCGUGCGUCGCGCCCGACACCUCCCCCGCGGCCUGGCCCCGGUGGAGGGCGACCGCGACAACUGGGACCUCGGCGUGGGUGCCGGGUUCUACGUCGACGCCACGGUGGCCAAGUGGGUGGCCGGCGGGUACAAGAUGUUCUCCUACGUGAACCACGAGCUGCCGGCUGUGCUGGGGCAGCUGGACAUUUUGAACGGCAAGAUGUCCAUCAUGGGCCACUCCAUGGGUGGCCACGGGGCCCUGAUCUCGGCCCUCAAGAACCCGGGCGCCUUCCAGUCGGUGUCGGCCUUCGCCCCGAUCUGCCACCCCACCCAGUGCCCGUGGGGCAAGAAGGGCUUCGGGGCGUACCUCGGGUCGGAGGACCAGGCCGCGUGGGCCGCGUACGAUGCCACCCUGCUGGCCAGCGCCUACCAGCACCCGGAGUCCGGCGCCCGGCUGCCCAUGCUCGUGGACCAGGGCGAGGAGGACAACUUCCUGAAGGCCGGCCAGCUCCUGCCGGAGGCCCUGCAGAAGGCCGUGGCCGCCGGCACCCCGGCCGCCGAGCACAUCGACGCCACCAUCCGCCUGCACCCGCGCUACGACCACUCCUACUACUUCAUCCAGUCCUUCGCCGAGGAGCAUGUGGCCUUCCACGCCAAGCACCUGGGCUGCUAA